GUCAAAAGUGUUUACACGUGUUUAGCAAAAAUAUCAUGUCCCUUCUCAGAAUAAAAAAACCCACGACGAGGAAAGGAAAACAGGUCCUCCUCAACAGAGAGCCCAAAUUGAUUGAAAAUGUGAAGAAUACGCUGAUUUUGGAGGGUCGGAAAUGUUCAGGAGAAAUAAAAUCUGCACUGAAAGAUCUCUACCAUCUGAAGAAACCUCAGGCCAAGUGUUUGUCUCGUCAAAAUGAGAUUACUCCGUUUGACGAUGAGAUACCUCUGUUGCAGCUGGCACAGAAGAAUGAAUGCAGUUUGUUUAUGUUUGGAUCUACAUCCAAGAAACGUCCAAACAAUCUCAUUUUGGGCCGCCUCUACGAACAGGAGCUUCUGGAUAUGGUAGAGCUAGGCCUUGUGAAGUACCGUGGCCUGCAAGAGUUCAAGAAUGAGAAGAUAUCGUCAAAUGUAAAGCCUUGUUUGGUGUUUAAUGGGCCAAAGUGGACCCAAAGUGAGGAACUCAGGCGUCUCAAGUGCCUCCUGAUCGACGCUUUCCAUCGCGAAGCUGUGGACAAUAUUCGUCUCCAGGGAAUGGAACAUGUGUUGAGCUUCACACUCACUGAUGACUUGACUGUCCUCAUGAGAUCCUACAGAAUUCUACUGAAGAAAUCUGGACAGAGAACACCUCGAAUUGAGUUGACAGAGAUCGGACCGGCCUGCGAUUUUGUAAUCAGGCGCACAAAGAUAGCUUCAGAGGAUUUGUACAAGUUGUCUAGGAAGAGACCCAAACAGCUGAAGCCGCUGAAGAAAAAGAACCUCUCCACGGAUGUUUUCGGCAAUAAGCAAGGUCAGGUGCAUGUUGGCAAGCAGAAUAUCCACAAAAUACAAACGAGGAAGGUGAAAGCGCUGAAGAAAACAGCAGAAGAAAGGAAAGCUGAAAAGAAUAGGGCAGAAACGGCUGUAAACGGAGAGGGCGAAUAAAUAUAUUUUUAUUUUGCAAU